AUGUGCGCGGCGGUGUCAUCUACUUACCGCGCGCCGUGGUUUUUGUUUCUCAUCCUCCUUCUCUUCGUGGCGCCCAUGCAGGGGGCGGCGGGCGUCGCUGCGUCUCCCGCGCUGCGUGUCGGGCAGCCACGUGCGUCCCCGCGGUCGCCACUUCAUGUCGCCAACAUCACUCUGGCUGCGGAGGAGGCGUUCUUCACCAACACCAUUCCCUUGGCGCUUCCGCUGGUCCAGCGGCUUGUGCUGAACCUGACGAUCCCCCCGCAGCAAACGGACAAGUUUGACGUUGCUGCCAUUCACUUCACCGAGUUUGGGCUGGGGGGCGCCUCCUUCGCGAUGCGGAGCCCUAAUCAACUCGCUCUAUCGCUGCGGGACAUGAACGUUACCAUCCCUGACACCGCGUUUGUCAUCAAGGCAGGACUCCUCACGUGCGAUGGGGAGGUACGGGCCUUCGCUGAUGUAACCGGCGCCGAGCUUUCGGUGAAGGUCUCCCGCCUGUCGAACGGUACACUUCGUUUGAAGACGGCGGCAAACACCAUUGAGUGGGGAAAUCUACAGAUCAAGCACAAGCUUGUGGGAAGUGUGUGCAACGGCAUUGAAAAGCUCAUUGAGAUCAUUUUGGGCGAUCUCGACCGGGCCAUUGGGAACGCGCUGAAGAAGCAGCUGCCCGACACGGUUGGGACCCUCGUAGAAGAGAAGGCGAAUGAUUUCUUCGACUCGUUGCCGGUCACGUUUGUGGAGGAUCCGAGCAUUUCAGCAGAGAGGAUGAUGCUUGCCAUGAACCCCAUUCAUGAGUCCAAGGCGAAGUUGGUGUCCCCAUCGGUGCUGCUGCCGUUUUUUGUAUUGCCUUUGCCGCCCACCUCGGCGGCACCAGUGAUGCCGCGGCGAAAUCUGGCAGCCGCCUUCACUGAGCUCGCCUUGAACGACCUCCUCACUUCGCUUAGCCGCAGCGGCGUGUUCAACCAAAGCAGACGGCUGCCGUCCGAGUACAAUUCAUCCCUCAUUGAGUACAUUUAUCCGGACGCGUACAAAUUGUGCCCUGAUUGCCCCUUCGUAUUUUCAAUUGACUCAACAGCGCCUCCAUCUGUUCUUCUACAGUCUGGCCAGGCCGUCACUCUCCACGUGCCGAAUGGCUUUGUGGGGUUGACGAUGACCUCUCCGUCAGGCGAUUCCAUCGCGGUGCUGGAUGUGUUGGUGAACUUCACGGGUGGGGUGACGGGGGUCGGGUUCACCGCGGGAGCGCAGCUUGACCUGCGCCUCACGGAGGUGGAUCUGGCGAUUGAGGUGGUGCAGACGCAUAUCGGUCCUGUCGACGCCGACGCCCUGAGUGACACCCUCCGCUGGCUGCUCAACGAAGUAUUGAUACCCGUGUUUAACGUUGAGUUUCACGGGAUUCCGCUGCCUCCAAACGUCGUGAGGCCGUCGAUCAACAUAUCAACCGAAGGUGUCGUGGCCGGGUUUGACGUUGAGCGUUAG